AUUCAAUUUUUUUUAGUCGUCUCCCUUUAGCGGAAAUAGUUCCAAGCGCAUGUUCAACAGCAAGAUGGCAGCUGAAGAGAAUCACUGGUUCAUAAAUUACGAAAUUGAUUGAUGCAUUAUCAGAAGUUGGACUCUAUUUAUUAAAGUCAUGGCUCAGUGUAAACAAACUGCCCACGAAUUUAUCCAGAACACGUUCAGCCCUGCCGUGGCUGUUCUGUGCAGUCCGGAUGCUGAGUUGUUGUGUCACAAGAACAACUUGUCAUUUGUGGAGUUGGUGCAGCCGUUCUGUCGUCUUACAACAGAGGUUCACAUCCGGGAUCCCAAUAAUGUUCCACACACGAUUAAGAAUUUAAAGAUUACAAUGAGGGACAUGAACAUGCAACUUCCUCAGGCUGUGACAGCUCGGAAGAUGAUGAACGAUGUGGUGGCAAAUUCCCAGCCCCAGCUGAUGGAAGGAGGCAGGGGCAAUGUGGUCACCUUUGGGAGUUACGAUUUACAGUUGUCAGCAUCAACACCAUGGUACGAAACUUAUCGAGACACUUUCCUGAAAGUUCUACCUCCAAGUGAUCACGAGUUUCUCAGCCACUGCCUGUGUUGCAUAUUCGUAGUAUCGUCCGGUCACUCCGACCCAAUCAACGCCUUCAACACUCUGUCCUCUAACCAGCACCAGCAACAGACUCAGUUCCCCACCAAGAUGCCUCGCUGGUUCUGCCCAGGGAUCCUGAAAUACUACGUGUUGGUUCACGAUGUCGUAGAGGGGGAAGACGCUAAGUACGAUAUUGCACAGUAUCAGAACCUUGCCCUCAGGGCUGAGGCUGUUUACCAGAGUAUGAAGUCCACAUAUGGUGGUCAGAAUUGUCACCUGUUGCACAUCAACUCGCGGAGUCUUCAUGCAGCAGAAACCAUGCAUACAGAUCUGCCGGAUCCCUGGAGCCAGUUCCUGAACAAAAAUAAUUCGGAGACCAACAGUAAAAAGCGAAACAAAGCUAGAUAUUACAUAGCGUGGGAAGGAGCAGAAUAUGACACUGCAGCCAGUAGUAGUGUUGUGGAUGACGCAUUCCCCACUAAGCUGUCGGAGGGUACCAUGGACAGCCCAGCUCUUGCGGGACCCAUCUUGUCAAACAGCAGCCUGGUGGACAUGUCCCCAGAUUCUGGGGAGGGAACAGCUUCUACAGGUUCGUUAGCCAGCGAGACAUUUGAUCACCCCUUGUCUGAUCCCUCGGACAACAUGAACCAUGUGGACAGCCCUCUCUCUCCAGACAAAAGCUAUGAACCUGAACUUAACCACACUUCCUCAAAGGGGAAGCUGGGAGAGAGGAGACAGGGGGGACAUGGUAUCUGUUUGACAACCAGUGACCAGGACAGAAUCAAGAUCUUCAUGCAUGAGUUGUGUGUUCGAGCUCUCAUUCCGUGGGCAGAGAGACAGAUGAAGAUCCUUAAUGAACAGCAUGCCUCAAGGAAAGGAAUUAGCAAGUCUCUGUUUAGUGCCACAAAGCGAUGGUUUGGUGGAAACAAACCAUCAGGACAGGUGGCAUCCAACCAAAAUACAACAGUCGUGUACUCCAGCGACGCUCCGGAGUUACAGAUGAGAAGGUUGGGAGAUGUUGCUUUCUUGUUCCAGAUGUAUGAUUUCGCUUACAACACUUACCAUGCAGCUAAGCGGGACUUCAACAAUGACCACGCAUGGUUGCAUUAUGCAGGGGCUUUGGAAAUGGCCUGUAUAUCAAUGUUUAUGAGCGGAAAUCCCAGAGAACAGAAGUACCCAUUUCAUUACAUGGAGUCUGCCAUUACCACUUAUCUCCAGUCAUGCAAAAAUCCAUUAUAUGCAACAAGAGCAACACUAGUUAGUACAGAGGCACUCAAGAGUCGGAAAAUGUUUAACGAGGCUGCUUUACAAUUUAUAAAGCUGACUAGUGAGGAGUCUGAUUUACGCAGUGCUCUUCUUCUGGAGCAAGCGGCCCAUUGUUACAUUAAUAUGGAAGUUCCCAAGGUCAGGAAGUAUGCAUUCCACAUGAUUCUGGCUGGACAUCGAUAUAGCAAGUCAGGGCAGAGGAAGCAUGCCCUGAGGUCCUACUCUCAGGCCUUACAAGUGUACAAAGGCAAAGACUGGGCACUUGCAGAGGAUCAUAUAAACUUCACUCUAGGUCGACAGUCCCUCAAUCUGAAACAGUUAGAUAAUGCCACCGCUGCAUUCAAGCAUUUACUAACAGAGAACAGUAAACAGAUUCCUAGUCAACAAAAUGCUUUUCUUAGGGAAUAUCUCUUUGUAUACAAGCAACUCUUGGGUCAAGAAAUAUCCAAUUAUGGCAGUGUCCACUCCAAUACAUUACCAGAGCUUCCAAUACCUAUACUGGACAAUAAUGCUACCAAAGUCAUCAUAGGCUACAAACCACAGCAUAGCCAAGAUAAAUCAGGGCACAUAGGCUAUGACUACAGUGAGAGCAAUCACGCACGAUGGGAAGCUUUAGAGGAAGCCCUGGUGUCGUCUGCUAACAAUGGCAUUAUCCCCAUCACUCACAGGUCAACCAUACAGUGCUUCACCAAUAAAACAGACAACAGAUUUAACCCCGUGGCUUAUGUUGGAGAACCCAUCACAGUGGAGGUGUACCUGGUGAACCCCCUGAAGGUCGUUCUGGUGCUUACAGAGGUCACACUUCUCUGGAGUUUCCUACCCUCCAUCCCUGGUCAGGAAAAAUCCCAGCUCAUCACUAACGAAGUAUUUUCCUCUGUGAAGAACACCCUUGCCAAUGAAAUCAUUCACACACAGGUUAUAGACGAGAUAGUAUUACCAGGAAAUGAGAGGUCUCCGGUGCAGUUUACCUUGACCCCGCAUCAGACAGGAGAGCUGAGGAUUGUGGGUAUUUGCUACAAUCUGUCUAGUUCACUAACAGACGACAGGAACGUUAAACCAUCACCAGCCAACACUGUCUUUGUGAGGGGGAAACAGAGACUGGAUGUCCAGGGGCCGAGGCUGAACAACACCAAGGAGGAAAAGUCCAGUAAAGCGUAUGGACCGGACCGUAGGCUGGACCUGGUCAUACAGCCAGAGAUGCCUCAGUUACAGGUUUCCUUCUGUAACUUUCCAAAAAGUUUACUAUGUGGUGAAGUGCACGCUGUGAUGCUUCAAUUUACAAACAUAGGAACUAGUCCACUACAUAAACUAAAACUUGCCUCCUCGACCCCCGAGUUUAUAACCCUGGGGGGUCAAGGAGAAUUACCCAAGUUUCCUUGUGUUUAUCAGACUACUAGUGAAGUAUCAAGUGAUGAGACAAAGUGUUAUUGUAAUACGAAAGACAGAGUAACUAAUGUGAUGGACAUUCCACUGCCCAACCGGACACUUCAACCUAAAAACACCGUGUCUGUGCCUGCCUGGGUGCGAGGAAAUGACAUCGGGGGAGUGCAUGAUGUCCAUUUUAUGUUUUAUUAUCAACCCGUGACAAACUCACCCAAAGUCAGACACAGAUUACAGAGGCACACCGCAGUCAUUAACACCUUGGAGUCGCUGAGUGUGCGGUCAAUGGCCCGCAGAGCUAACAGUGUUCACCAGACACCCUCCUCCCAGGGGAGCUGUAUCAUCUCCUGUGAAAUGGAAAACAUUAGUCAGGUUCAAGCCAAUCGGGCAUAUGUCAAAGAGAUUCAGGUGAAUCAAGUGUCCUGUGCCAGUGACCUUUGGUCAGUUCAGUACCUCAGCUCUCAAGAUAAACCUGAAAUUACUAUUGGGUGUAGGGAGACUAUGCAUUUAUGUCUGAAAGGAACAAAAAAUGCAGGUAACUUGGAUUCCAUGUUGGGAAAAGAGUCUGUGAUAUUUAGUGACGUGUCCUUCUCUGAUCAGCAAAUAAAAAGUUCUACAACACCGUGUGCAGAUUUUUUUCUGAGAUCGAAGUCCCACAAUAAUUCAGAAGACGUGGUACAGUCCAAGACAGCGAACAAGCUGGGAGAGAAAAACUUCAGUGAGUUAAACUGUGCCAUACAGCUGGGCAUGACUCUCAUCAUUCUAUGGAAGGCUUGUGUGAUAUCAGAGGAUGGUGAAGUACAGAUUAAAGUUGGACAACACCAUGUGAUCAUAAAGAAGAUUGAUACCAUAUUUACGUCUUAUCCUUUCUUCAUUAUUCCCACUGAAAAACCUCCGAUUCGCUUUUUAAAAAGUCGAGAUGAACUAGAAAAUCCAAAGCUUGAAUCUGAAGUCACCACGCAACUGGUGGAUAUAAAUUUCAACCACCAAGCACAAGUUACUCACAACUUCCAGAACAACAAAAUAGCUAUUGUACCUGUUACUCUGCUACUAAGAAAUUGUACCAAGUCUACAGUGGAAUUGCUAGUGGACACUAGUACAUCACCUGACAGGCUUAGCAACAGAUCAGAGGAAAAAUUCGUGAAUCCCGAAGUUCAUCACUUGACAAGUUUUAGCUGGGUCUCACAAACAAUGACAAAGUUAAGCUUAGAUCCCAACCAACAGCGAGCUGUUCAUAUGACUGCUUGUUUCAGCAAACCAGGGAUCUAUAACAUCAACAGGCUGGCCGUGUUUGUAACACAUAACAGAGACUCGUCAGAAAUGGUCCUUCAGAAACAUUUAGCCCCCAGUGUUGUAGUAUUACAGGAUGUUUCUGCAGAGUGAACAUCGGCAUUGACCCCCAAAGAACAAGAUCAAUCGAGUACUUCAGGAACUAGUCAAAUCCCAAGAUUUAUAAGGUUGACAGAUUUUGAUAACCUCGUGUGAAUCACUAUAUGUACCUUGAAAGUAUGAAAACUACAAAAAGAGAACCAGUUUAAAACUAGCAAACCAAACGGUCAUGUGAUCAGCAAGGUUUGGUGUGUAUUCUAGUCUCUUAUAAAAGCUUUCGGUGAAGAGCGGCAGAAAUUGUUGCCACUCAUUGUAGUACAGCCAAAAGAUAUGGUUGCUCAUGAAAGAUUUGUAAUAACUGAUAGUUGUACAUGUACGUCAUUAUCAAAACUAUUUAUGCAAGAUGGAAGAUAUGUACCUGUAUGUAAGCAUUGAUACAACAAGGGUUGUAUUAGGUUGUCUGUUUUGUAUAUUUCAUGUCACUGAUAGCCAGUACAGUAAGCUUGGUUGUAGUGUAUUCUCCAUGGACUACUUCCUACAUUCCAAAACAUUGGUGUAAAAGUGUGUCAUUCAUAGAAAUCAAAUGGAUCUGUUUUGGUGAAUAAAACAUUCCUGAGUAAUAUUUAUAGAAUGAAGUCAAAUUUGUUUAGAAGUAAACUUGAUUUUACACUUGAGUGUGGUGAAAUCUUUUAUACUGUUUACCACAAAAUGGAUGAAAUUGUACAGAAUAAUUCCCGUUGUAUUGAUACCAGUCGUCAACUUAUAAAGGCUGGAGAUUGCUAGGUGCUUUUGAUUGUUAUUAGGGUUAUAUCACAAUGGUAAAUCUUCCAGAUGGUGACAUGGGUCUAAGCAUGAUAUUAAAUCUUUCGGAAUGUGACACGAGUCAAUUUUUCAAAAUUCUGUUGAUAAAAUUAUGAUUUACUGUACCAUACUUAUGUUCUUGCAUUGUUCAGUGAAAAUACGAGAAUUUUUUUUUUUUCAUUUUUUUCUUCUUAUUUUUUGACAAAUAAUUCACAAGUAGUACAUGUAUUUAUCAGAAGUUUUUGUUUCAGUGAUUAUGUAGAAAGUAUUUGAUGUAGCUGGCAUGAAUGUAGACAUUAGAUUAUAAGGGACCCACUACCAUUUUUUAAUUAACAUGGAUGAGAUUAAGCUGUUAUUGAGAUGUAUAAGUGUUCAUUGCUGCUGUGAAAUUUACUUUGUUUAUUUAAAAUCCAAUGGAUUGUGAACAUUAUUGCCAUAUUAACCAAUAUAUGUCUGUGAUUACAAUCAUUUCCAAUAUUAAAUGGACGAAACUCUA